CUUCCCCAAACCACCGCUCAUGUCUGCAUCAUCGGUACCGGCAUCGCCCGCUCCUCUGUCGCUCACUUCCUCUGCCGAUACUCCCCAACUAUCACCCGAAUCACCAUGUUUGAGCAUCAUCCGUUUGUCGAAGCCAACCCUGAACAAUCUGGGUGUUGUUCCCUUACGCCUUUUCCCUCCUUAAAAUAACCAAUUUGAACAGGUCUCUACUCAUCUCUCGGGUCAUUCCUACCUUCCCAUAAUUCAUAAUGGUUGUUCUCUCUGAAAUAUGCUCAUCUUCUUCAACUCAUGCUUAUAGAUAUGAUGUAUUUUUAAGUUUUAGGGGUCUUGACACUCGCCAUAAUUUCACCGAUCAUCUUUACGAGGCGCUUUUCAAUGUUAAUAUCACUACCUUUUUGGACGAUGAAGAGAUGGAAACGGGAGAAGAUUUGAAACCAGAGUUGGAGAGUGCAAUCAAAGCAUCCAGAGCUUCUAUUAUUGUGUUGUCUCAGAAUUAUGCUUCUUCGACCUGGUGUCUCGAUGAAUUGGUACUGAUCCUCGAUCAAAAGAGGACCUCCGGUCAUAUUGUUAUUCCCAUCUUCUAUCAUGUCGAGCCCACCGAUGUCAGGAAGCAACAAAACAGCUUUGGAAUUGCUAUGGAGAAGCAUAAGCACAGGAUGGAGAUAGAGACAAAUGCAAAGAAACGAAGUCAUUGGGCUAAAAAAGUGGAGCUAUGGAAUGAAGCACUGACGGAAAUUGCUGACUUAAAGGGAAAAAAUUCAAAGAAUCGGAAAGAGACGGAGUUCAUUCAAGAAAUUGUUACUGAAAUUCAUCGUAGAUUAGGUGUACCCUUAAAAGUGACUGUACCAUUUCUUAUCGGCAUGGACCACCACAUCAAAUUCAUUACUUAUUGGUUGGAAGAUGGAUCCUCUACUUGUGCUGAAAUUCUCACAAUUGUAGGCAUGGGUGGGAUUGGGAAGACAUCUUUGGCCAAAUAUCUUUUUUGCUUGCAUUGUCGUGAAUUCCAAAGAAGCAGCUUUGUAGAAGAUAUCAGUAGGAGAUGUGCUGAAAAAUUAACUGGAUUGCUUGAUUUACAAAAACAAAUUUGUGGUGACAUUUCAAAUAAAAGUUCAAUUCAAGUCCAUGAUGUUUCUAUAUACACCUCUCAGAUUGAGAAUACACUAGCAAAUAAAAAGGUGUUCCUAGUUCUUGAUGAUGUUGAUAGUUUCAGUCAAUUGGAUGCAUUACUUGGAAACAAAGGUUUUCAUCCGGGAUGCAAAAUCAUAAUAACGGCCAAGGACGCGUCGUUGACAGAAAAGUGUGAGCUAUUCAACCUUAAAGUUCAACCCAAGCAUACAAAGCACUUACUCGAAGCCUUAUAUGAGACUCAGUCACUGGAGCUUUUAUGUCUUCAUGCCUUCAAGUGCAGCAGUCCGGAGGAAGGUUACAAAGAGGUUUCAAAAGAGCUUGUGAAAUAUUGUAAAGGACAUCCAUUGGCUCUUUCAGUUUUGGGCAGGUCUCUACGUAAUGGAAAUAUAGCUGAAUGGGAGGAUUGCCUAGAAAGGCUAAAGGAAGAACCUGAUUCUCGUAUUAAGAAGGUCUUGCAAAUGAGCUUCGACUCUUUACCAUCUACAGAUGACAAGGAAUUGUUUAAGCACAUUGCUUGUUUUUUUGCUGGGAAAGAUAGAGAAUCAACUGAAACAAUAUUGAAGGCAUGUAAGAUCCGCACAGUACUUGGGAUCAAGAAUCUCGUUGAUAGAUGCCUUCUUUCGAUUGAUAGUAAUAAGAAGUUGAUGAUGCAUCAAUUGGUUCAAGAGAUGGGAAGAGAUAUAGUACGCCAAGAAUCACCUGACAUGCCAGAGAAGCGUAGUCGAUUGUGGUGUCAUGAAGAGUCAUUCAAUGUAUUGGAACAAAACAGAGGUACAAGAAAGCUUAAAGGCCUUGUUCUAGACAUGGAAAUGCUUGAGAAAGAGAACAUGUAUGACUCGGUUGAGUUGAAAACAGAUGCAUUGAGAAAGAUGGAUAACUUAAUGCUACUACAACUCAAUUAUGUGCGACUCGGUGGAUCUUAUGAGAACUUCCCUAAAAAAUUAAGAUGGUUGUGUAUGCAUGGGUUCCCUUUAGAGUAUAUACCUCCAAACUUGCAAUUGGAGAAUCUAGUUGCCCUUGACAUGUCUUAUAGCAGCUUCAAAUCUCUGGACAUGUCGUAUGGCAACUCGCAACGACCUGGGAAGUCGCAAAAGCUAACUGGCUCGUGCUCAAAAGACAACAAACGGUUGCUUAGAUCAUUGAAGAUUCUUAAUCUAAGUUUCUGUAAACAGCUUCAUAGUCUCUGUGGCUUUAUCGAACUCCCUGCACUUGAGAAGUUAUUACUUUCAAAUUGCAUAGGUUUGAUUGAGGUUUGUGAAUCAAUUUGGCAAUGUGAUCACCUUGAGCUCAUUGAUCUGAGUUAUUGCAAUGAGGUUGGAAAGAUUUUAAGAACU